CGCGGAAGUGGCCCUGUCAGUUUGAGUGAAACUCCCACUCUUUGGGCAACUUUUCGUCCUGGGAGGGAAAGAGGGGAAAUCUAUUCACUUGUGGCAAUUGGAGUGAAUCCAGGGAGGGAGCAGGCUCGGCAAACUCAGUGUAUUUGAAGAUAGAAGUUUCAAAAUCGAUGCAUGAAGUCCUUAUGCCCGAAAUGUUGACUCUCCUGCUCUUUGGAUGCUGCCUGACCCGCUGCACUUUUCCAGUACCACACAUUUCGACACUGACUCUCCAGCAUCUGCAGUCCUCACUUUGACAUCAAUGUCUGACAGUCAUACAAUCCAUCGGGACCGGAAACAAUUUUCAACUAUGAGUCUGUGAGAAGGAGCAAAGCGUUUUGGUUCCUGUUUGAGUACGUUUUCAGCAUAAGUGGGACUGGAUGAGAGACCCUACCGUUGCAGCGCAUUGAGUGUGGGGCAUGUAGCAGCAGGAAUUGACGACAGGGAGGGGCUCAAAAAGUAUUUGUGUGCAGCUGAAGCUUUGGCCAUGGAGAAACCCGAGGAAUCCCGCCCCGUGGAGAAACAGUGGAAGUGCAGUGAUGGCGGGAAUGGCUUCCAUUUGCCGUCAGCCCUGCAGAUUCAUCGGCGCGUCCACACAGGGGACAGGCCGUUCUCCUGCCCCGAGUGCGGGAAGGGCUUUGCCCAGACCUCCGCCCUGCUGAGGCACCAGCGGGCCCACACUGGGGAGAGGCCAUUCCCCUGCCCAGAGUGCGGGAAGGCCUUCAGCAAUUGCUCUGACCUGCUGAGGCACCAGCGGUCCCACUCGGGGGAGAGGCCCUUCAGCUGCCCGAACUGCGGGAAGAGAUUUACCCAGGCCUCCCACCUCCUGAGGCACCAGCGGGCCCACACAGGGGAGAGGCCGUUCUCCUGCCCCGAGUGUGGGAAGAGAUUUACCCAGGCCUCCAACCUGCUGACCCACCGGCGGACCCACACGGGGGAGAGGCCCUUCAGCUGCCCCGAGUGUGGGAAGGCCUUCAGCAAUUUCCCCAACCUGCUGAGGCACCAGCAGGUCCACACUGGGGAGAGGCCCUUCAGCUGCCCAGAGUGUGGGAAGGCUUUCAGCGAUUCCUCUUCCCUACUGACCCACCAGCGAAUCCACAGUGGGGAGAGACCCUUCAGCUGCCCUGAGUGCGGGAAGGCCUUCAACAAUUCCUCUUCUCUGCUGACCCACCAGCGGAUCCACACUGGGGAGAGACCCUUCAGCUGCCCCGAAUGUGGGAAGGCCUUCAGCAAUUCCCCCAACCUGCUGAGGCACCAGCGGCUCCACACGGGGGAGAGGCCUUUCUGCUGCCCCGAGUGCAGGAAGGCCUUCAGCAAUUCCUCCAACCUGCUGAAGCACCAGCGGAUUCACACCGGGGAGAGGCCCUUCCGCUGCCCCGAGUGCAGGAAGGCCUUCAGCAAUUCCUCCGCCCUGCUGACCCAUUGGCGGGUCCACACGGGGGAGAGGCCGUUCAGCUGCCCCGAGUGCAGGAAGGACUUCACCCGCUCCUCCCACCUCCGGAGGCACCAGCGCAUUCACACCGGGGAGAGGCCAUUCCCCUGCACUGACUGCGGGAAGGCCUUCAGACAUUCCUCCCACCUGCUGGCCCACCAACGGGGCCACACGGGGGAAAGGCCCUUCAGCUGCCCAGAGUGCGGGAAGGCCUUCAGCACUUCCUCCACCCUGCUGAGCCACCAGCAUGUCCACACAGGAGAGAGGCCGUUCACCUGCCCUGAGUGUGGGAAGGCCUUCAGGUAUUCCUCCACGCUGCGGACCCACCGGCGUUUCCACACAGGGGAAAGGCCGUUCAGCUGCUCCGAGUGUGGGAAGGCCUUCAGGUAUUCCUCCGCCCUGCGGAGCCAUCGGCGCGUCCACACAGGGGAGAGUCCCUUCAGCUGCCCCGAGUGUGGGAAGGCCUUUACCCGCGUCUCUGCCUUGCGGAUCCACACCGGGGAGAGACCCUUUACCUGCCCCGAGUGCGGGAAGGCCUUUACCGACAUCUCCUCCCUGAUGAAGCAUCAGCGGAUCCAUACUGGGGAGAGGCCCUUUACCUGCUCUCAGUGCGGGAAGGCCUUCAGCACAUCCUCCCACCUACUGAUCCAUCAGCGUGUCCACACAGGGGAGAGACCGUACACUUGCCCUCACUGUGGGAAGGGCUUCAGGUAUUCCUCCUCCCUGCUGACCCACCAGCGGAUCCACACGGGGGAGAGGCCUUUCAGCUGCCCCGACUGUGGGAAGGCCUUUUGCGAUUCCUCCACCCUGCUGACCCACCAGCGUGUCCACACAGGGGAGAGACCGUACACCUGCCCUCAGUGCGGGAAGGGCUUCACCCGCUCCUCCCACCUGCGGAGACACCAGCGGAUCCACACGGGGGAGAGACCCUUCAGCUGCCCCGAGUGCGGGAAGGCCUUUACCGACAUCUCCUCCAUGAUGAAGCAUCAGCGGAUCCACACCGGGGAGAGACCGUACACCUGCUCUCAGUGCGGGAAGGGCUUCACCCGCUCCUCCCAACUGCGGAGCCACCAGCGAGUUCACGUGCCGUUGCAGGGGGAUUGAAGGAGUUACGGCCGAGUCCCAUUAUCGAUUGGACUAUCAACCCAGUUCCGGAGAUUCCCGGGUUUGAAUCCCCCCACGACAGAUGGCAGAAUUGGUAUUCGGUCAGAAAUGUGGAGUUUGGAAUCUAACAAUGAGACUGUUUCAGGGAGGGGUGGUGCAGGGGGGAAAGCCCCCAUCUGAUUUACUCUCUCCCUUGUUAGGGAAGGGAACCGCCAUUGUGGGAGAGGAUUCACUCAGUCAUUCCAGCUGCAUCCUUUACCCGGUUUGGCCUACACAUGACUCCAGACCCACAGCAGUCUGGUUGACUCUACACUGCCCUCCCCCCACUGGCAAAGGAGCGGGGAGAAACUUACUUGGAGACAGGGUAUGAGUUGAAAUUGCUGAGUGAGGCAAUACUUCCUCAGGGUUACGGCUGUACCAAGGAUCCAAUUACAAAGGGACAACUUGGUGCUGGCCAAUAGUAAAGGCAGUGGUGGGUGGGUAGGGACAGGGGAGGUGUGGUGUGUGCACUUUCACCUUGAGCUGUUCAAAAAGCAACUACUUUUUCUCUGCUUUUUUGCUGGGGGGAUCU